GGGAUACCUUGCCAUUUUCAGAUCGCCAAAAAUCAAAAUCUCAAUCAAAAUCGACGACUUCCCUCGCCCCCACGAUCUCCCGUCUUCCGAAACCGUAAUCGGAUCGGUAGGCAAUGGACAAAACGAGCAGCGUAAUCAGCAGCGCCUCGAUCAACUCCAACGUAACCGCAACGACAUCCAUGGAGAAGAUCAACCAGGCGGCGAGCUGCGUCAGCGCUUCCUUCAUUUCCGCUUUCUUCGCCUCCCUCGAGCGCUGCGCCUGCGUCAAUCUCACCACCUCCCAUGACGACGAAGACGAUGACGCCGAGGAGUCCUACCACCGUCCCCUUGCUCUCUCCGCCGCGCCUCAUUCGCACGACUCCGUUUAGACCUCUCUCUGGUAAUUGGAAACCCCUCUCGUGUGUGUGUGUGUGUGUCCCGCAGCUCCCUGGUUUGAAUUGUGUGUAAUGUGGCUUAUGGAAAGUUCCAGACCUUUUGGAUUGUAAAUGUCAGACGUUGAUUCUCUCUUCUUUCUUUUUGUUUUGAUUCCCAUUUGCUUUGUCUAUCGCUCUGUGUAUCUGAUGAUCUUACUUGGCUUUGAAUGAAUACUUUUAUGUUUGAUCA